GUUUAUUUAUAAUCAUCGAAGAAAUAUAGAUGCUCGACCACGUAAACUUAAUCUUUUAGCAAAACAAGUAAGUAAAAAUGUUUACGUAUUCCAUAUCACGCGGGCGGAUCGAAAAGGGGAAGUGGUUGGAUCACAUUUCACGUGAAGAAAAACAGUCAUUUCGCGUUUAACAUGCAAAAAAUGAACCUUCACGGAAAUUUAACACGUUAAUUUAUUAAACUGUACAAAUUUUAAUUUAUUCUUUGCCUUUCCGUUAGCCUACUGUGUGUUUACGUUUUCGUUACAGCACUGAAAGCUCGAUCAACAUUGAAAGACUUUUUAAAAUCAACCUAAUGAAUAUAUCUAGUGUAAAUCAAGAAUAUACGUGCAUACAGUAAAAUUGUUACAUCCAGACGGCUGCUCUUCUUCGCCUUCGCACUUGCUACUACUCGUCCAGUCUUUGUUCUACCGGCCCAAAAUAAUCACAGCUAACGGCUAGGCAUGUAAAUUUCGUUUCACGAGAACAAAUAUUGGCAAAUGAAUCCACUGCUCACGAAAAUAUCCUUUACCACCAUCUACCACAUUAUCGUAGAUUCUCAUCUUUAUUGGUUUUGUCAUCUUACAUUUUCAUCUCUGAAUAUUGCUGAGAAUUUCAAAGUUGAUUUUUGCUAUUUUUGUGGACAUGACUACAGCAUAUAAAAUUAUAUAAUCAGGGCAAAGUUAUGAAGAAAAGCUUUUUAAAUGUUUUUUUUUUAUUUAGGGUCCGCAGGGUUCACCUUGCAUUUAGAAAUUUAAUUCUUACAGUGAAAAAAGGGACUUAAUUAAAAAUAGCAUGAAAAUCCAAUUUUACAGUACCUUAAUUUACUUUACAAACUGAUGUUUGGCAUAGCUUCUCCUUCUCUUUACAAACGAUGUUUGGCAUAGCCUUCUCCGCAGGCCACUCUAUGGGUUUUAGCUUGCGAACGAGUAUUGAAAUAAAAAAAUUCUCACCAAACUUUUUCCGACCACCCGAUUUCCCAGGUGAGAUGCCUGCGGAGGAGGCUAUGUUUGGCAAGGAUGGGCAUGAAGUUAGCAACUUGCAGUCUGAGAUUACAAUGCGUAUAUAGUAGGUCGAAGAGGCCUUUUGUCGGUAUCAUCUUUUUAACUAUUUCUUGAAUAUGUUUGGAUGUUCUAGAUUCGUUACCUGCCAUUGCCACAUGCCAUACAACAGAUGGAGUUUUCUGUUAAAAAAGCGGCAAUGAGUAUCAAAGAGGUACAGUACCCUUUUAUAAGAAAUUAAUACUAACUGUGUAUAGACUAUAAUAUUAAACAAUCCAAGUGUACAAUUUAGUCUUAUCGUCUUAGUCUUUUUAGCAUGUUCUUGUACGUUAGUACUAUACCAAAUCUUUCUACUGUAGGUCCUAAUAGAAACACAGGAGAAAGCGAAGACUGAACAUGGCAUUACAGACGUAUCUAGUUUGUGGGUUUGUAAGUAUUACAAGUUUCAUUAAGAUAACUAAAUAAUGUUUUGAACGCAUGGCGUGACUCCAACGCGGAUUAAUGCUUGUCUCGGUGGAUGUGCAGUGUAUUUCAUAUUUUAAUAUGAAAUAAUUAAAAUUUAACACUGCUGACAACAACAAAAAAUUCGUUGUCUGGUGCGAGAUUCGAACACGCACACAUGCAGUGGACCUCUCCUUGCGGAUACCCAUACCUUUAAAUAGUUUUUUUUUUAUCAGAUGGUCUGUGGAAUUACCUUGGCCUUGGGUGAACUAUAAGAUUUCAAACAUUCAGUUGGUGCAAUAUAUAUUAUAACGACUGAUAUGAUGAAGGAAGGCAAAAAUUUAUUGUUAUUA